AUGGAUGGCGGCGUAGUUGGCUCGGCGGAUCUGCUUUCGGUUGAUCGGGAUCCGAUGAGCCAACUGAUGAAGGCGUCGGGGAACAGUUUUCCAGACCGACCAGCUAGCGAGAUACAUCCAGAUAUAAAUUCAAACUCUUUUGGGGGUACGGCAACGAAGCGUAGGUGUCAUGCUGUCGGUGUUGAUGAUGGUGAUGAUGACGAUGAUGAUGAUGAUGAUGAUGAUGAUAAUGAUGACAGGGUAAAUGCGUCUUGCACAGCAUCUUAUCCGGAAGUCUCCUCGGAUAUCUACCCAGUAUGGAACAUUCUUCCCAUUUAUGCAUCUCGGAUUCCUGUUUUGUAA